ACUUCAGGGGGGACCGUUGCAAAGGCUAUCUCCCGACUCUACAUCCGAUCAGCUGUGAGACUGUGAGUGAGGGUCAAGAUGGCGAGGUUGGUGAGUUUGGUUGAAAGAUCUCGGCGAAUUUCUGGCCUUCCUGGUGUUCUCAUCAGCCGUUCAGCUGGCAAUUGGAAUAAAGAUUGGAAGCCAGGACCAUAUCCUGUCACCCCAGAAGAGAAAGCAGCUGCAGCAAGGAAGUAUGGCCUUCGUCCUGAUGAGUACAAGCCCACACCAGAUGAUGGCAUUGGAGCGGGAGACUAUCCAGACUUGCCCUUAGUUUCUGCAGAGAGUCGUGAUCCAUACUAUCCAUGGGAUCACCCAGAACAUCGCAGAGACUUUAUGGAGCCAAUUCAUACAGAUUACGACAUGUAUGGACUUGACCGCUACAAUGCUUCCCAAAAGCUGCGAUUUUCUGUGAACCAAAUGUUCAUGGCUUUUAUGGGAGUUAUGACAUUUUUUGUUGGUACAUUUUUCCUGAUGGAAAGUCGCAAAAUACACUGGCCACUGCUUCCCAAGCAAUACCCAGGAGAUGGAAAAGUACACUAUACAUUUGAAAAGCCUGAAUAAUGACCAGGUCUUUUACGACAUGUAAAUAUAAGAUAUCUAAAAGAGAUGUAAAGUGAUACAUUUUGAAUAAAGUAUGAAUGAGUGAAUAAAUUA